AAUAAUAAUAUUCACCAAAAGAACACAGGCUCAGUACUUAGAAAAACCCUUUGAAAGCAAAAAAAACUCUUUGAAAGCUCACCAAAAAUGUCAAGUGUCAAAUGGCUAGUUGAAUCAGGAUGUCUCAAGAAGGUUCCUUCCAAAUAUGCCUAUGAAAAAAAUCCUGAGGAUCGCAUAUCUGAAGAUGAAGAGACAAUCCCAACCAUAGACUACUCCCUUCUCACCCAUGGUACUCCUAUCCAACGUUUCAAGGUUAUCCAAGACCUUGGCAAUGCCUGCCAGGAAUGGGGAUUCUUCAUGGUGAUCAAUCAUGGAGUGCCCAAAAAGUUAAGAGAUGAAAUUAUAAACUCCACUGAGACAUUCUUUAACCUAACGGAGGAGGAAAAGCAAGAGUACAGGGGAAAUGAAUUAUUAGAUCCCAUAAAGUGUGGUACAAGCUUCAAUGUGAGGGUAGACAAGCCAUUAAUGUGGAGGGAUUAUCUUAAGAUUCUUGUCCAUCCCCAUUUUGUCUCUCCUCAUAAGCCUGUGGGCUUCAGUGAAGUUCUACAAGAGUAUUGCAAAAGAAGUCGAGAAGUGGCAAGUGAAUUGCUUAAAGGCAUUUCGAAAAGCCUAGAAUUGGAAGAAAACUACAUAACGAAGAGAAUGGAAGUGGAAGUGGGAUCUCAGAUGUUUGUUGCAAAUCUUUACCCACCAUGCCCACAGCCAGAAAUCGCAAUGGGGCUGCCCCCUCAUUCCGAUUAUGGCCUCCUGACUCUCCUCAUCCAGAACCACCUUGGAGGCCUCCAAGUCAUGCACAAGGGAAAGUGGGUUCCUAUCAAUCCCCUGCCUGACUCUAUCAUAAUCAACAUCGGUGAUCAUAUGGAGAUACUUACCAACGGGAAGUACAAGAGCGUUGUGCAUAGAGCCGUGGUAAAUGGCCAUGGAACAAGGAUUUCCAUAGGAACAGCCCACGGCCCACCACUCGAAACCAUUGUGAGUCCUGCACCAGAGUUGGCUAAUCUUCCACCCCCAGCAUAUCGUGGAAUCAAGUUCAGGGAGUACGUGGAGCUUCAACAGAGCAGUCAACUCAUAGGAAAAAGCUGCCUGGACCGUAUUCGAAUAUGAAUAUUAAAAUCUUCUUGCGUUGCCUGGCCCAUUAUGUAUUUAGCAUUUCUUGCCCAAAUUAUUGAUGCCAGGCAUCGAUUAUGCCAAUUAAUAAAAGAAUUAUUUACUUUUA